AAUAAAUAAAGCCGGUUGUUUAUUUUGAUCUAGAUGAUAAGAGAAAAAAGUGGACAAAUAUUUUGAUAUCAGUUUCCAUUUUGGGAAAAGUUUAAAUGUAUGAAUCAUCAACAAAUUAUUACCAAAAAAAUUGCUACGCAGUUGAUGGAAGUUGUUGGUUUCAUCAGUAUUAUUACGCGGCUCCUGAAUACAAAAUAAAACAGUAAAAAAAAAUCCAAAAUUACAUCAACAGUCUUCUACUGGCUUGAUAGCUGAAUAAAUUCCAGAAUAGUCAUCAAAAGAUAUCUUGUUUUGCUAAAUAAAACAUGUUAAAUAAUAAAUCCAACAUGUUAAUCAUAUUGAUGAUAAAUUUAUCAUUAAUAUUUAUUGAUUUAUCAAGUGCAUCAAGUAUGUUUCUUCCACCAAAAACAGCUCUAGUCAUUGGUUUCGAAGAAACAUAUGAUAUUUCAUUACUGGCAAAUUCAUUAACUGACAAUGGAAUUAGUUCAACACUAAUAAUUCCAAAUGGCUAUGAUAUUUAUGAACAUCUUGUUGAAGUUGAUGUUAUUAAACUCAAUUUUACAAUUGAUAAAACUUCAACAAUUGAAGCUAAAGCAUUAAAAGCAUGUGAAAGUUUAAUAAGUGAUGAAAAAAUACUAAAAACAAUUGGUGAAAUUCAACCAACAUUUGUUAUAUUUCCAGCCCUCAGACAUGAUGGUUGUUUACUUCCUUGGACAAAAUAUAUUGGCUCAAUACCAGUUAUCUGGUCACUUGGUAUUGAAGAAGAACACUAUGCUAUGGAAAAAACAAAAUUUGGUAUUCCAAUAAGUACUGAUGGUAUUUAUGAUCGUUUUUGGGAAAAUAUUCAUCACAAAACAAUUAUUGGACGUUCAAAAAAUAAUUAUAUAACACCUGCAAUGAAUUUAAUUAAAAAAUAUAUUAAAAAUUAUGAAGCUAAUCAAGAUAAUAUUGAUGAUUUAUAUUCAAAUGUUGAAUUACUAUUUUGGGCUGGUGAUUCUAUUUUAAGAAAUAGCUUUGCAUCAUUAACACAAAGAUUUGUUGAAACUGGUUGUCAUCAUUGUCGAGGACCAAAACCAUUACCAGAUGACUUACAAAAAAGUUUAAUUGAUUUUCGACUUGGUACAAUUGUCGUGUUGCUAGAUGAGACAUAUGCUGAAUUAAUAAAAGGUGUAGCACGUCAAUUACCACAAGGUAGACAAGGCCAAGCAAUAAUAUGGAAAACAAAAUUGACAAAAUUUCCAACAGAGAAACCGGAUAAUUUAUUUUUACAUUCAAAUGUUGAUCGUCAAGAUCUUAUUGGAUACAGUAGAACAAGAGUGCUACUUUGUCAUUGUAAAGACACUGAAUUUCUUGAAGCAAUUUAUCAUGGUACUCCAAUAAUUUGUGUAGCUAAAAAUCCAUAUGACAUGUUGAAUGACAAACGUGCUGUUAAACUUGGCAUGGGAAUAUCACUAGCCAAUGAAUAUACAGUUGAAAAAAUAAUUGACACAAUAGCUAAUAUUCAUGAUAAUAAAAAUUAUCGUGAAGCUGGAAGAAUGGUGUCACAAUCAAUCAGAGACAGACCAAUACCAUCAACAGAUAAAUUAAUAUUUUGGCUUGAUUGGAUUGCUAGAAAUGAUAAAAAUAUCAUUGAAUUUUCAGCAAUUGACAGAGCAACAAGUGUCAAAACAUUUGCUGAAGAUGUACAAUUAUAUAUUGGCAUAUUAAUUGGAGCUUUGUUUGGUAUUUUAUUUGCUACAACAAGUGCAUUGUCUUGGUAUUUACAAAAAAAAACAAAUAAACCAACUAGAAUGAAAUUAAAAAGACACAAUAAAUAAAACCUCAUGUAAAUGAAAAAUAAAAUUAAUUAAUCAUUUUUUAAAUUAACAACAGAGGUUUUGUUGUUUAAU